GAAAGGAGAAAGUAAAUCGGUCAGGUGAUCAAUAUGUCUGCGCCCAGGGUUGUUGGGCUAAUAGCAAACAAACGUUUUUAGAUAGUUUAUCUUAUGUUUUGAUAUCAAACAACAGUGAAGUUCUUCAGCAAAUGUCCACUUCUUCGCAGUUGAAGUUAGAAGAUCUUACUCAGGCGACGAGAAUGGCAAACAGCGGUACGUUGUUUACACAAGAUCAUCAAAAUAAGAAUCCCAGCUCAAAUGUGAUGGAAAUGCUCCUUGAACGGUUUGAGCGCCUUCCAGAAUUAGACAGAACAUUUUUUGUCUAUGGACCUUUCUACCUUGGGAUAAAUUCAGCACUUGCUGGUUUAAUUGCCAACAGUUUCUUUCGGAGAGCUCUCAAUAUUGCACAGGCUCGUUUUGCAUCUAGUUUGCCUAUGGCAGUCCUUCCAUUCCUGUCAACCGUAGCUGGGUAUAAUGCUGUUAUAUCAAAACCUUUGCUUUCAGGUGAUCUAAACUGUCCCACAUGUGCUCUAGUUAGAGGAGGAUUAGUGGCAUCUUUUGGUGGAGGCUUAUAUCCUGUUCUCUUGGCCUUGCCUAUAAAUGCUGGACUUGCCACAAGGUACAAUACAAGCCCUAUGCCAGAAAAAGGAAAUAUAAUAAGAUUCUGGAUUGCUCUUUGUCAGCCAUUUAAGAGAAAAAUAAGCUAUGUGAUAAUCCUUCAGACUCUGUUUGGAUUCUUCCUAAGUUCCAAGCACUAUGCAAUUUACAUGAAAAUGCUUGAACUUCCUCCGUCCCACAUAGAUCCCGAACAUUAAAGGAGGAAAAUAUUUAACUUGAAUAUUUGAUAGCAUAUUAUCAUGCAUUAAUGGUGUUUAAUAAAUUUUAAUGAUUUGAGUAAUAACAGUACAAUCAAUUAAAUUCUUAUCAAAAGACAAGCAAUCUUUUAUACUCCAUGGUUUCAAGGCGACUAAAUGCUAUAUCAGUGACAAAGGAAGUAACUUCGACUUUCUGCUAUCCACAAAAGGUGAACAUGUAAUAUAAUAAAAUCUUGGUUGUGAACCAAAGCCUGCAUUGUUAGUACAAUCAUCAAACAAUUCAAAGAAGCAAUGCUGGUUUCCUUGCUGUAAUGGAGAAAUAAAUUUCUAAAUUUGUAAUAUAAUAAAUUUAGUAAAACAAACAUUUCUGUUGUAAUGUGAUAUUCACUUUGAGUUUCCCUUUAGCUAAGAGGGAGACUUGUUCUGCAGAUCCCAUUUGUCAAUGCAAUACAGUCCCUAUCCCUUGCUUUCUAUUCAGUCUCAGUUAAAUCUUUACCAAACCAAUUGGUGUUGAAUUGUUAACAAGGAAGCUACCAGUGUUAUAAAAAUUAAUGUCAUUAAUUCCUCAUUUUUUCCUCUAAUGUGACUGGCCUGCUCCAAUUAUUAUUCAAGCAGUCAAAGAGACAGAUUUAAAAUUAAACCACCGACAUUGGAUUAAAUAAUUAUUGCCCCCAUGUCUGUGAUUUUGAAUUAAGAUAAAUACUUUCCAUAAUGUUAUUACCUAAUUAAAGAUCAUUUAUUUUUCUGAAGGUGAUUUUCCACAGGCAGCCUUAAAAGUAACUACCUACUUAAAAAUAAAAUACGGAACUAAAUAUGGCACUGGUGCAUGUUCUGAAACUUGGAGUAAAAGAUUUUAUCUCACACUUUUAACGUCUGUUAAUGCAAGCAAAUAUUGGAAGAUUUAAUUUAUAAUGUAGUCAUGUCCACGAAUAACAUGGAUAAAUAAUAAUAUUGAAAUCUUUUCAAUACUCCAUCAGCCAAGUUUUAAGAAAAAUGCCAACAACUAAGGUAAAGAUGCUAGAACUCAAUGGCCAAAAGAUGUAAAAUGCCUAGUAGAUAUUUGUCUUUUUCUUUGUUUGUAUCAGUAAUUCCAGUGUUACUUGUAUAGGUGUAAACAACAAAAGUUAAUGCAACUUAUUAAGAACAUUAAAAUAAUUAAUAUAAUUGUUCACAUUUCCAGGUUGACUAUGGAUUCAAUCUGGAAAAUUAAAUAUUUUGAGUAACCAGUACCAUUCUCUUCCUGCUGGUUGGUUAUGAAAUGAAAAGUUAAAAGAAUUCUUCAUAUUCUUCAUUCUGUUAAAAAGUAUCUUUCUGCAUUUCUUCGAGCUCCACUCACAACAGCACAUUAAUGCAAUCUACACAAGCAAAGUGAUAAACAUCUUGCAUUUUAUAUACAUGUGUGAACAUCUUCCUAUUAAUUCUAAACAAGUUCCAAGUUGCAUAGUACAUUAAAAUAUGUUUAUGCUGUCUUUAAUACAAAGAAGGAAUGGAGUUAACAAAAAGCUGGAAGAACUCACUGGUCAAGUAGCAUCUUUGGAGAUGAGCAGUGUAUGUCAAUGCUUCUGGUCAAGACCCUGCAUAAAGACUAGGAAGAUUGUUAGUAUAUUACCAGUAUUUAGACUAGGAAGUAAAGCAUAAAGCAACAUGGGAACAGGAUAAUGGGAAGAUGGAAGCAGAGGGUGUGUUGGGACAGAGAUUGGUAGGUGAUAGGUGAAACAAGGCAGCGAUAGUGUGGUUACCCGAAAAUGGAAAAAUCAUUAUUCAUAACAUUGGAUUGUAAGCUUCCAAAAUAGGAUGUGUAUUGUCUUAUAAAUUUAUGUUUGGCCUAUCUUUAACAAUGGAGAAGGCAAAGAUGGGAGAGGUCAGUGUGAGAGUAAGAAAGAGAGUUGAAAUGACGUUGAAAUGAGAGUUGAAAUCUGAAAGCUCAAAAUGCCCUUUGAAAAGAGCGCAGGUGAUCUGUAAAAGUAGUCUAUUGAACGCUUGAUUUUACUAAUGUAUGAGAAGCCACAUCACGAACACCCAAUGGAAGAGGUGCAAGUGAACUUCUGCCUCAAAUGGAAGAAUGUUUCGUUUCCUGAUUGGUGGUAAAGAGACAGGUGUUGCCCCAUCUGCAGUUGCUAGGGGAUGGGGAAGGUGGAUAGGGAGUGAUGAGAAGAGUCCUGAGGAAAGCAGAAAGGGAGGGAAAUAGUGGAAGAUGUGAUUGUGGUGGAAUAGUGUUGAAACCCUCAGAAAUGAUGAAAGAGAUGUGUUGGAUGCUGAGGCUGGUGGGGUGAAACUUGAAGGAGGAGGAUGUUGCAGAAGCAGAAUGCCUCAUCUUGAAAUCUGAUGCAGUGGAGACUGAGAAAAAGGGAUGACAUUCUUACUGGAAUCAGGCUGGAGGAGGUAUCGUUGCGAUAACUGUGGGAGCUGAUGAGUUUAUAGAUGAGGCCAAUGACAAGUCUACCUCCAUAGGUGGAGACAGAGAUUCAGAAAAGAAAAAGUGUCAGAUCAACCAGGUGAUAUUGAGUGCAGGGUCGCAGUUGAUAGUGAAGGUUUUGAAAUUGACAAAUUGUGUACAAGUGCUGGUACCAUCACUCCAACUUCCAGAAAAGCAUCCACUUAUGUAAAAGACAAACAUGGUACUAAAUAUGUUUUCUAUUAAUAUUUCUCAAAUACCAACAUGAUCUAUAACAUAUCUAAAUAAUGUUACCUAAAAUCAUAUUACCUUACAAAUGCAACCCAAAGAUGGAUGUGAAAUCGAUUGAUAUUGUAUUAUUGUAUAGCUGCUCCCACAAAGAUAUUAAAUACCAGACUAGAUGUGGCACAGCUAGUAUACUCAUCUCCUCAGCCCAAUGACCUGGGUUAAAUCCUGAUAUCAGAUGUUCUCUGCCAACAUCUCCCAGGUUCUAGUUUCCUACAACCUCUCUAAAACAUGCAGUUUGGGAGGCUAAUGGAUAAUUAUAAAUAGUCCAUAGUUAAGUGGCAGAAUCUGGAAGGUUUUUGGGAAAGUGGGAAGAUUAAAGUGGGAUUGGGGUAGGAUUAGUGGUCCAGAAAAGGAAAAGGAAUGGCAGCAUCUUUACCCAAUAUUUUGUGCAAUGAAGGUGCUCUUAGUACACAUCAGAUUAAGUCACUUUUUUCUCUCCUCCUAAUCCACCUAGUUCUAAACCCACCCAUAUUCCCAAUGCACCCUAUUAUCCUGUUUCUUUCCCUUCCUCCACCCACGCCAACUGCCUACCACCAACACAGUUCUCCAACUGUUUCCUCCACUUCCCACUAUUCCCAUCUGCCCACCUCACCUCCCUUAUUUGUUCUGUGCUCUCCUUUCUCAUUAAAGUCCAUCAUCUGCAGCCCUUUAUCGCUUCCAAUCACCUCCCAGCCUAUUACACUGUUUCAACUCUCCCCACCCUCCCCUCCCAAUCCA